AUGGCAGCACCGCGCCACCCCAGCGCCAAGACGGAGACGCCGCUAACGCCAACAUCGGCCGCGGCUCGCAUGGCCCGACAGGCCCAGAUCAGGGCCCGCCCAUCGCCGCAGCCACCAGAAGCAGCACCGCCGCCAUGGCCUCCGGCAGGCUCCUCCGCCCACGUGGCCAUCCCAGUCGCCGCACAUGCCCACCACCACUCUGUAGUGCCGCCCAUCGCGGCCCAGAUCGGGCCCGGAUGGCCCGCUCCGCCCGCCGGCACCAUCAGCAUCGCCACGACCCAGCACGGCCACCACGCGCCGUCCGUCGUCGCGCCCGCCGCCGUCGCCGCGCCCGAGUGA